AUGAACAACUACGCAAGCAACGCCAUGAACGAGUACAAUGCGUCGGUGCGGCCAGGGUCAACGAGACCGGGCACGCGAUUCGCAGCCCCAAUUCGGAAUCCAGAACACGCGGAGCCUUGGGAUCAAAUAAGCGACGAACAUCGAAACGAGAUCAACGAUUGCUUCCACCUCUUCGAUAUGAAUAAAGACGAACAGCUCGACUUCAGCGAAUUCAGGUACGCGCUACAAGCUCUCGGCUUCUCUAACCUCUCGCGGCCCGAUCUCAUCGCGUCAUUUAAGUCCGCUGCGCGGCCGCGUCCAGGCUGGACACCCCUCCCAUCUCUCCCGAACCAGCCGCCGCCACAAACCACGCCAGGCGUAGUCGACCUGCGGCUAUCGCGCGAAGGCUUCCAAGCAGUCGCGGCGCGGUACGUAGCAGCACGCGACCCGCGCGAGGAGCUGCUCAAAACAUUCGCCCUAUUCGACCGCGGUGGCAAGGGCGUUAUUACCGUCGAUGACCUACGCAGCGUUGUGAAGGAACUUGGCGAAGACGUGCCUGACAACGAGCUGCACAGCAUGAUCGAGCAGUUCGACGUCGAGGGCAAGGGCGGCGUCAGCCGCGAGGAGUUUCUAGGUAUCUUCCUCGAUAGGUGA